GCCGUUCACUGCGCUCACCCUAUGUCAAUGCGCUUUCUGUAUUUGAGGGUGAAUCGUAGAAGAUACAGACUACAUAUACGGUUCAGAAGCUUUUGACCGAGCAGAAGCAGAACAUUUUGCCGAAAUAGUUUUGCGUAUAUUACUGAAAUACCAGACUAAAACCACAGAAAAAGCCACGGGAAAUACUGCCACGGCCAAAUUUAGGCUACCUGCAUACACUGACAGUUUACCCAGUCCAAACAGAUGCACCGGGGCGCACCGCUUGGCCGGAGCGAUGUGUGAACUAGACGACCCCGCCGACCAGCGUCUGGAGCAUGAGUCCGAGCUGAACGAGAGACCCGAACUUUUAGGACCGCAGACAGAGGGCGCCGCGGGGCGGGAGGGCCGGAGGGAGGCGGAGGGAGGAAUGGGCGUGGGGAAGAACAGCACCUCCAAGUCCAUGGAUUCCGGAGGAGAGCCGGGGAGGUACGAGGAGGAGGGAAAACGUGGAGCGGACUUCUACCCCAUUCCCGUGGUGGUAAACGGGGUGAGUCAGGCCGCUGCCGACCAGGACGCCGAAGACACCGAGCUCAUGGCCAUUUACACCAAGGAGAAGGAUGGCGGAGAGAAGAGUUCUCUGUCGGACACGGUGGACAGCGCUGACAGUGUAGACGUCAGGCGUAUGGACAUGAUCUACACCAUCGAGGACACCCCUCCCUGGUACCUGUGUAUCUUCCUGGGCCUGCAGCACUACCUGACCUGCUUCAGCGGGACCAUCGCCGUGCCCUUCCUGUUGGUGGAGGCCAUGUGCGUGGGAUUCGACCAGUGGGCCACCAGUCAGCUCAUUGGCACCAUCUUCUUCUGCGUAGGCAUCACCACCCUGCUCCAGACUACAUUCGGCUGCCGCCUCCCCCUCUUCCAGGCCAGUGCUUUCGCCUUUCUGGCUCCCGCCCGUGCCAUCCUCUCCCUGGACAAGUGGAAGUGCAAUGAUACAGCCGUUCCAGUACUGAACAGUACAGAGCUGAUGCACACAGAGCACAUAUGGCACCCUCGGAUACGGGAGAUCCAGGGGGCCAUCAUCGUGUCGUCGCUGAUCGAGGUGUGCAUCGGGGCCCUGGGGCUCCCCGGGGUCCUGCUCAAGUACAUCGGGCCCCUCACCAUCACCCCCACCGUGGCCCUCAUCGGCCUGUCGGGCUUCCAGGCGGCCGGGGAGAGGGCAGGGAAGCACUGGGGCAUCGCCAUGCUAACCAUCUUCCUGGUGCUGCUGUUCUCGCAGUACGCCCGCAACGUGCAGCUGCCCCUGCCCAUCUACAGGGCCAAAAAGGGCUGGACCUCGUACCGCCUGCAGCUCUUUAAGAUGUUCCCGAUCAUCAUGGCGAUCCUGGUGUCAUGGCUGCUGUGUUUCAUCUUCACGGUGACGGACGUCUUCCCGCCGGAGAAGGAGAAGUACGGGUUCUACGCCCGCACGGAUGCCCGGCAGGGCGUCCUGGCGGCGGCCCCCUGGUUCAAGGUGCCCUACCCCUUUCAGUGGGGUGUGCCCACUGUGACUGCAGCUGGGGUGAUUGGCAUGCUAAGCGCAGUGGUGGCCAGCAUCAUAGAGUCCAUCGGGGAUUACUACGCCUGCGCCCGCCUGUCCUGUGCCCCCCCGCCCCCCAUCCACGCUAUCAACAGGGGCAUCUUCAUCGAGGGACUGUCCUGUGUGCUGGACGGGCUUUUUGGGACGGGGAACGGCUCCACCUCCUCCAGCCCCAACAUCGGGGUGUUGGGGAUCACCAAGGUGGGCAGCAGGCGGGUGAUCCAGUACGGGGCGGCCCUCAUGCUGGUGCUGGGCCUGGUGGGGAAGUUCAGCGCCCUCUUCGCCUCGCUCCCGGACCCCGUCCUGGGGGCGCUCUUCUGCACCCUGUUCGGCAUGAUCACCGCCGUGGGCCUCUCCAACCUGCAGUUCGUCGACCUCAACUCCUCGCGCAACCUCUUCGUCCUGGGCUUCUCCAUCUUCUUCGGCCUGGUGCUGCCCAGCUACCUCAAGGAGAACCCCCUGGUGACGGGUAUUGUGGAGAUUGACCAAGUGCUCAAUGUUCUUCUCACGACGGCCAUGUUUGUAGGGGGCUCGGUGGCAUUUGUGCUGGAUAACACUAUUCCUGGGACUCUGGAGGAGAGGGGGAUCCGGAAGCUGAAGAGGGGCUCGGGCCCCAGCGCCUCGGAGCUGGAGGGGAUGCGCUCCUACGACCUCCCGUUCGGCAUGGACUUCCUGCGCCGCCACCGCAUCUUCCAGUACCUGCCCAUCAGCCCCACCUUCGCCGGGUACAACUGCGGCGCCGUCCGGACGGGCUGCCGGAGGCGGGGGGGCGGAGGGGACGGAGGGGGCGGGACAGCCGGGGGAGGGGAGAGCGGGGUAUAG